AGGUGGGGAAGAAGGAUGCUUUUCCUGGAGCGGCCACGCUUGAUGAACCCGGAGCGCAGUGAGCGUCCAUCGCAUCGAGGCCCGGAUAUGGAGCCACUUCCCGGGGGGAACAAGACCAAGGUGCCCGUGAGCUUCCAGAGGAGCUCCACCUCCGAUGACGACUCCGGCUGUGCGCUGGAGGAGUACGCCUGGGUGCCACCGGGACUUAGACCCGAACAGGUCCAGAUGUAUUUUUCCUGUCUGCCGGAGGACAAAGUGCCGUACGUCAACAGCUGCGGAGAGAAACACCGGAUCAGACAGCUCCUCUACCAGCUGCCGCCUCACGACAACGAGGUUCGUUAUUGCCAGGCCCUAACCGAAGAGGAGAACAAGGAGCUUCACAUGUUCAGCGCCCAGCGGAAGAGAGAAGCGCUCGGGAGGGGAACGCCCAAGAUCCUGCCUCGAGCUUUGCAACACACACGAUGCGAGAAUUGUGGAGGUGGCAUCAACGGCGGCGAGAUGGCAAUCUUUGCUUCGAGGGCUGGACUGAGCCCCUGCUGGCACCCAGCAUGCUUUGUGUGCGCUACGUGCCAGGAGCUGCUUGUGGAUUUGAUCUAUUUCUACCAAAAUGGCAAAAUCCUCUGCGGGAGACACCACGCGGAAAUGAUGAAACCGAGAUGCUCCUCUUGCGAUGAGAUUAUUUUCGCAGAUGAGUGCACGGAGGCGGAAGGCCGUCAUUGGCACAUGAAGCACUUUGCCUGCUUUGAGUGCGGGACGAUGUUAGGGGGGCAACGCUACAUCAUGAAAGACGGUCGGCCAUACUGCUGUGGAUGCUUCGAGUCGCUGUAUGCAGAGUACUGCGAGGCUUGCGGUGAAAAUAUUGGAGUGGACCAUGCUCAAAUGACCUACGAAGGGGGACACUGGCAUGCCACGAACGAGUGCUUCUGUUGCGCUCAGUGUAAGACGUCCUUGCUGGGCUGUCCCUUCCUGCCGAAACAAGGGCGCAUCUACUGUUCCAAGGCCUGCAGCCAAGGAGAGGACAUCCACGCCUCAGAUUCUUCGGACUCCGCCUUUCAGUCUGCUCGCUCGCGCGAAUCCCGCCGCAGUGUGCGCACGGGGAAGAGCAGCAGGCCCGCCGAACAGUGGAGGCAGUCCCAAGUCUUAAACCCCUCCACCGUCGUCUCCGUGAGCGAGUACAAGAUGGUCGGGGGCGAAGUGGACGGGGAGAUCGAUGUCAUUGGGAAGAAGCUUUCUCAUCUGGGCCUGGAUGAGGAAAGGUACUGGAGGGAUCGUGAAGAGCAGGAUGCCGGGGCGGAAGAGGACCCAGAGGAAUGGGCCCAGCACGAGGACUACAUGACUCAGCUCUUGCUCAAGUUCGGGGACCAAGGAAUGUUGCACCAGAUUCAGCAGCCAUCCCUAAAAUCGUCCACUCCCAGUCAAGACAGAAACCAUUUGAUAAGUGUCUCCGACCCUUGGCUAAAGCCGGAAAGCCUCGGAAUCACCGCCUCUUCGCCGACCCCCACCAGCCCAACCCAGAGCCAAACUUCCAAUCAAUCCAGAGCCACUAGCCUGAGUCCCGGCCUCAUGAGCAAGAAGCAUCUUCCCGAAAUGUACUGGGCCCAGUCUCAAGAUGGGCUGGGAGAUUCGGCCUAUGGAAGUCACCCAGGGCCUGCCAGUGCCAGAAAGAUCCAAGAGUUAGACUUGGACCAAGAUCAGGACCAGUGCAGCGCAGGUAAACAUUCCCUGUGGCAAGAGAAUAGGCAGUGGUACCAAGAUACACUGGAGUGUAUUGCAGAUGAGCUGAGGAAGGCGGGGCAGGGCGUGGGAGACUCCAUGGACUCGCUGGCGUUGUCAAACAUCACAGGUGCAUCCGUUGACGGCGAUGGCAGAGAUAGGCCUAUGGUCUACACCCUCCAUGCAACGCAGGAACCUUUGGCGGGAGAUGGCUGUGAGAAAAUGAGCAACAUGGGGACCUACAAUUCUUCUCACCUACACCACAGUAACUCCUCUCUCAACCUUAACUUGGUGAAAGGCGGCCAGGAGACGGCACAAGAGGGAGACCUAGCGACCAGGGGAGGACUUCGGUCUUUGUACCCCCAUUCAGAAGCACCGCCUUCUGCGUUUGUCCACGCGCCAGCUCUGAGGAGGACCAAGUCACAGUCCAGGCCUCCUCAGAUGGUCAAGUUCACAGAUGACACCGUGGACAACGGAUAUAACGAUGGCUUUGAGGUCAAUAUUCGAAAGCACCCUAUGAGUGAGAGGCCGCAGCGGAGGGCUUAUGCCCACGACGAGGCGGGCUGGGAAAGAACCCGUCCGUCCAGUCACCACGGGCGCAGCAGACAGAAUCCCCACCACGGUAGGCACCGCAGGAGCCGCAAAACCCAUUCAGACAUCGCCCUCAACAUGGUGCCGUCGGAAAAGGCGCAGAGACCAUUUCGACAUCACCGACAUCAUCUUGCCGGCACCCGACAAAGGUCUCCAAGUCAACCACUGGCGUACUCUCAAAGCCGGUCUGAAUAUUUGAUUCAGGGGCCAACCCAGGGAGACCGUCGGAUUGAGCAUUUUAUGGCUCACUAUAAAGAUGAGGACGAGUGGUGCUCCACUUGCUCUUCAUCAUCUUCGGACUCUGAGCAGGAGGGAUACUUCCUGGGCCAGCCGAUCCCCCAGCCCCGACCCGCCGGGCGCUACUAUGCCGAGGAUUACCCGAGGGUUAUUGCUCUUUCGUCCCAAAGUCACGGCUCAAAGACCGGUCGCAGGAAGAGCCGCCGCUCCAAAAACUGCAUUAUCUCCUAAAGCUCAGUCUGCAUUGACACUAUGACCCGCAUAAAGUAUUUUUGUUUUUUUUAAACCCAAAAGGUUUUGUACAGGAGUUGAAGAACUUGAGGUUUAUGCUGAGUUGCAAUUAGGCGACGAUUGAUGGAACUUGGAAGGAACGAGUCUUGGUUGACAAAGGAAACUGUAAAUGAACUGUAAAUUCAUUUGACGGAUUUCUUAUGUAACGCACAGGCUGCAAAGUGGCCCAGCACAGUUCGAGUGAAAUUUGGUUUGUUUUUUUUCUCAAGGGGGGGGGGGGGGGGCAAUGCUUUGCAGCUAUGUGUAUAGUCAACAGGGAAAUUCUACACACCUGCAGAUGAUAAAAGUAGAAUAAGAGACUAAACAGUUAUUUAAUGUUACGUUGCAAAAAAAAAGUACUGUAAAUAUGAUUUUAAUACUGGUAUAUUUUUAUUUUAUUUUAUGGUGGUUUAAAUGAAUGCUUUGGAAGUGGAAUUAAAGUGAAAAAUUGCCA